AUGGGCAAACCAAAAAAACCCAAAUCCGACACCAAAUCCCCCGCAGCCAAAGCCCAAGAUGAUCAAGUCAUGGGAACAAACUCCUCUUCCAUCGUAUCCAAACGCUCCGUGGAAAAGAUCUACUACGCCGGUGAACCGCCCUUCUUCCGGUACUUUGUCUCCAAGUAUCAGCGGCGCGCUCCGUUGAUUAACAGGGGGUAUUGGUUACGACUACGAGUGAUCGAUGUCUUGGUGAGGGACUUCUUAAAGAGACCGCUGAGGGAGGGGAAGAAGAGAAAGGUGGUUGUUAAUUUGGGGGCGGGGAGUGAUGUCUUGCCUUGGCAGUGUUGGAGUCGGUAUGGGGGUGAUUGUGGGGGGGUCAAGUUUGUGGAUGUUGAUUUUUUUGAGUUGAUGGAACGGAAGAAGGGGGUCGUGAUGGGGGAGGGGGCCUUGAGGGGUUAUUUGAGGGGGGGGAGGGUGCCUGAGGGGGAGAGGGUGGUGGUGGAUGGGAAGGAGGUGCUGAGAAAGGGACCGGUGGUGUUGGAUAGUGAGGGGUAUGCGAUGGUGGGGGUUGAUCUACGGGAUUUGAAAAGGUUGGAAGAGGCUAUGGGGGAGGUACUUGGGGGGGGGCACUGGAGGGAGGAGUGUGAGUUUGUUUUUGUUGCCGAGGUUAGUAUUACUUAUAUGGAGAGGGAGGGGGCGGAUGGGGUCAUAGAGUGGGCGGGCAGGGUGGGGGAUGCGGAGUUUGUGUUGCUGGAGCAGAUUCUCCCGGAUGGGACGGGGCACCCUUUUGCGAGGACGAUGUUGGGGCAUUUUGACAAGUUGAAUACGCAGUUGAAGUCGGUGGAGGGUUAUCCUACGGUUGGGGAGCAACGCAAAAGGUUUGAGGAGAGGGGGUGGGUGGAGGUGAAGGUCUGGACUUUGUGGGAGGCUUGGGGGGACGAGACGUUUUUGUCCGGGGAGGAGAGGGUGAGGUUGGAUGAGGUGGAGGAGUUUGAUGAGUGGGAGGAGUUUGCGCUUUUCGGAAGUCAUUACUGUGUUGUGAGGGCGAGGACGGUGGGGGAGAGAGGAGCUAAGCCGGUCGUGCAUUCUGGUGUUGAGAUUCCGGUGGGAGCGGUAGAGACGCAGGUUGAUGAGACGACGGGCACUCGAGGACAAAGGAGGUUUGCUGCCGCGAUGGAAGUUUCUCAAAAGGGGAAGCAAUCGGAGAUUGUGAACGUUCUGGGACUGGGGACCAGGAACAGGCUGCAAUCCUGCGACGUUUUCACUCAGGGCGAGGCAAGCGGACUCGCAUUUGGAGAGGGAGGGCCUUCAAGCAGGAUGUGUCACUCCCUGGUGGAUAUCGGAGACUCUGUUUUGCUUGUUGGAGGCCGCGGCUCACCAUCAAGCCCCCUCAAAGACUGCUGGCUGUACGAGAAGAAGUCGAAUGCCUGGAGGCGGACAUACGAUCUCCCCGUACCGCUCUAUCGGCCAGCCGCUGUCGCUCUCGGAACCUCAGGAAUGGCUUUGCUCAUGAAUGGUAGAGGAAAAAGCUCGACAUCUGACGGGUGUUUGCUGUAUCGGCACGAAAAAGGGUGGGUUGAGUGUGAUGCAAGAGGCGACCCCUUCGCGGCAAGAUAUGGAGGUGUCAUCGGUGUCAAGAGCAGCAAUGCGGGUGCCAGUUUCAGCGGCAUCUACGCUGGUGGCCUGGUGGAUGCGCUCUUCACAAAAGAGGUGAUGUCUUGGGAGCUAGAUAUCUCAGACAUCAGGAAGCCUUUCAUCACAUUCACCCGUUUACAACCUCGGACGGAUUCCAACCCAGAUGCUUCCAGCUGGCUGGUAGCAAGGUUCGGAGCAACCUGCGUUCAACACGGCAGCGAGUUUAUCAUUUUGGGCGGAGUGGCUCGAGACCAUCUCUUGGGCCACAACGACGAGAUCGUAACUUUCUCAGUGACAGGCACAGAGUACAAGAUUACUCACCGCUUGACAUCCAAUGCGUCGCCUCGUGCCCUCUACACUGGACACUCAGCCGUGGUAGCAGCUGACGGCAGAAUAGUGAUUACCGGGGGCGGUGCUACGUGCUUCUCCAUGGGCACCUUCUGGAAUAAGGGCGUGUAUUCUCUGCGCUUACCAGGCUCUGGCACAACUGGGGCUCUCCCUCACUGGACUCACGACAAGACCGUCGACAUCAUCCCAGGAGAGCGGAGUCUUCCCAUCCGAACCAAGCUCCAACACGGAACCUCAAGCAUAGCCAUCAAGACCAUCGAGUGUGUUCAACUCAAGACAGCAGAUGACUUCGCCAAGGUUGUCCGGGCAGGCCGUCCGGUGGUGCUGGAAGGCUUGGAUCUGGGCAGUUGUGUCGCCUCUUGGAACCUGAAGUACUUGGCGGAAAAGGUUGGCAGCAACCGCAAGGUUGUCAUCCACGAAGCCGCCACUCAAGUAAUGGAUUUCAAUGCCAAGAACUUCCGAUACGUAACAACUGGAUUCGGAGACUUGGCACAAAAGAUUGAGCAAGGCGGCAGGCUGUAUCUGCGGGCACUUUCACAGGAGAAGCCCACAGAGAAGCCGUCGGUGCUUGAGGAGGACUUUCCGACUUUGGGCGGUGACUUUGUGUUGCCGGAGCAGCUGGCUUUGGUGCGGGAGAAUUUGUUUAGCUCGGUGUUGAGGCUGUCUGGGCCAGUGAAUAUGUGGCUACAUUACGAUGUUAUGGCAAAUGUAUACUGCCAAAUAGGGGGUUCCAAAAGACUCAUUCUCUUCCCACCCUCAGACGUUGAGCACUUGUCGUUUGCACCCGGUGCUUCCAGCUCUAGCAUCGACGUAUUUUCGUCUCUUGAGUCGCCGGAGUUAGCACAGACACACCCUCACGAGGCUGUACUGGGCUCUGGCCAGGUCCUCUUCCUGCCCCCGUUGUGGUUGCACACAGCUACACCAACCUCGGACAAGAGCAUCGCGGUCAAUGUGUUUUUCAGAGAUCUUGACAGCAACUCAUAUGCUGCCGGUAAAGAUGUGUAUGGGAACCGUGAUCUGGCGGCAUAUGAAAAGGGCAGGCAAGACAUCGGUCGCAUCGCGAAUAGCUUUCAAAAGCUGCCGGCCGAGGCGAGAGAGUUUUAUCUCUUGAGGUUGGCUGAUGAGCUGAAGCGGAAGGCAAGGGGUUGA